GCAGUGAGGCGAUCAGCUGACUCCGUCGGAGGAGGAAGAGGGGUGAAGAUGGAAGGGAACAGGGACGAGGCUGAAAAAUGUAUAAAUAUAGCGACGAAAGCUCUACAAGCCGGAGAUAAAGAGAAAGCGUCCAAGUAUCUAAUCAAGGCAGAGAAGCUGUAUCCAACGGACAGAGCCAAAGCUCUGUUGGACGCGUUAACGAAGAACGGGAGCUCCGCGGGUAACGGUGCAUACCGUCGACGGGCAGCCGACAGCACCGGUGCACAGCCGGGCGGGGAAGGCCAAGAGUCUGGGGGAGGCGACUCGACUAAAGGCUUCACCAAAGACCAGGUCGAAGGAGUGCAGAGAAUCAAGCGGUGUAAGGACUACUACGAAGUGCUGGGUGUCAGUAAAGAAGUCAAUGAGGAUGAGCUAAAGAAAGCCUACAGGAAACUAGCGCUCAAGUUCCACCCGGACAAAAAUCAUGCACCUGGAGCAACAGAGGCCUUUAAAAAGAUUGGUAAUUCAUAUGCAGUGCUGAGCAACCCAGAAAAAAGACGGCAGUAUGACCUGACGGGCGGAGAGGAGCCGAGCAGCCCGGGACACUCGCAUGGAGGAGGAGGAGGUGGAGGCUUUGACUUCCACAGGGGCUUCGAGGCCGACAUCACUCCCGAAGACCUCUUCAAUAUGUUCUUUGGAGGUGGCUUCCCUUCCUCAACCACGCACACCUUCACCAACAGCAGAACAAGCUAUAGCAAUCAGACGGACAACCGACAGGAGAGAACUGAAGAAAGGGGAGAUGGGGGUUUCUCGAUGUUCAUCCAGCUCGUGCCCAUCGUGGUCCUGAUUUUGGUGUCAAUACUGAGCCAGAUGAUGGUUUCCCCUCCACCCUACAGCCUCUACUCUAGACCGUCCACGGGUCAGACUGUAAAACGGCAGACAGAAAACCUGCAUGUGGACUACUACGUCUCAAGAGAUUUCAAGUCGGAAUUUAAGGGCUCGGCGCUGCACCAGAUUGAGAAAAAUGUGGAGGACGAUUAUGUAUCUAAUGUCAGAAAUAACUGUUGGAAGGAGAGACAGACGAAAACAGACCUGCUGUACGCUGCUAAGGUGUACAGGGACGACAGAAUGCGCAAGAAGGCAGAACUAAUGACCAUGGACAACUGCAGGGAGCUGGACAGACUAAAUAACCUAUUCAGAGGAGGAUGAGGUGGAUGCUUUCAGGUCGUGUAAAUGUAAAUGAAUAGAUGUGUAAGUAAUGUUUUUUUUAAGAAAGAGUCUUUACACUAGAAGCAAAAAGCCACUUAAAUAACAUAGUUCUAUUGUUAAAGUUUUAAAAAAUGUCCCUCUCCUCAUAACCUUUCAUCAGCCACCUUCCUCACUCCAGCCUGACCGCGGGAACCGCCUUGUUAGACACCACACACACACACACGCUGUAGAAAGCCGAGCGCAGACCCGUUUCUUCUUUCUUUUUUUUACUCUUCUUUUCUCGUAUUUUCCUGGGAAAAAGAAGAUGGACAUGGACACUUGAUUGUAAAGGCAUGUGCUUUGAGUCGUGAGAACCUAAACAAAUCACAGCUUUUGGCAUCAUCUGCUUGACAUGCGUAUAAUCCGAGAGACUUUGUUUGGAGGUGCUGUCCUCUAGCCAAAUUAAUUUCGUGAAGAACACGAACAAAUGAAGAAAAGAAAAUAACACAGCUGCUUCUAGCUUGCCACUCGGCCCCGAGUGCGGGUGAAGAUCAGUGGAUUGUGAAGAGAUACCUGUGAUUUUGCUACUAGAGAACAUUUUAUGUCGGCAUCUUCAAAAUGUGAAGUUGGUUUGGACUAAACUUGGAAGGACAUUGAAACUGUUAUUCAUAAAUGGUGGGACAUUUUCAUUUUUGAAUGUUUAAAUUUUAUGCAGUUAUUUAAGAAACUAUAGAAGAAAGUGUUUUUCUUCGAUGCUCGCCUAAUCAUUUAAAUAAAGUAAAAUUAUUACCAAUGA